AUGCACUACUUGUGUCUUCACGGUGCCAUUGGCAACAUUGAUGUAUGUGGAAAGCUCUCCGUCUGGUCGAUCACCACUAACUCACGCAUUUCUCACAGAAUAUCAGUAUCCAGCUGGGUAAGGUCGACCGAAAUUGAUUUCCAUUCGCCUGCGCCGCUCCAGAAGGAACUGGACUCCGACAAUAUCAAGUUCAACUACAUUAACGGACCGGUGCAGAUUACCCCUCCACCAGGUUUCGCGGAAUACUUCGGCGUCGGCCCGCAUUACCGAUGGACAGAUGAUGGUGGCGCCGCCGAGGAUUCCUUGAUCAGCCGAGUCCGUCAGAUCCCCGUUGGUGACAAUUCCGAGGAUAUCAUGCGGAACUUGAUCGGCGAUCGCGAGAUAGUCUGGCUCAAUCACCAGCAGGUCAUGGAUUAUCUCUACGACACUCUAGAGAAGGACCCUGAGAUCGGCGGCAUCAUUGGCUACAGUGAGGGUGCCGGGAUAGCAGCCACGUUUAUCCUGGAUGAGCAGCGGCGCGAGAAGGAAGAAGGCCGCCCUCGCCGGAUCAAAUCCGCCGUGUUCGUGACUGGUUGGCCUCCAGUCAUCCCAGGCCGUGGCCUCAUUCUUGCCGACGAACAGGAAGACAUGGUUGACGUUCCCAGUCUCCACGUUGUGGGAGCGAAUGAUCCUUUCCGCCACGGCGCCUUCGCGCUCUACAAUAUUUGCGAUCCUGAUACCGCGAUCUUCUUCGAUACCGGCAAAGGACACACCAUCCCGCGGUCCGGCAAAGUGAUUACCGAGCUAGGAGAUGCCGUCCGUCAACUGGUUGCAGCUGGAGAUGAGUGUUAG